AUGGAACGUAUUCUGCUUGCAACCGACUAUCCAAAUCUAACCAAACUCAAACUUUUUAAUUUCAAAAAAGAAAUCGUUUCAUGUUAUUUUACAAAUGAAUCACGUCUUCAGUAUAUAUUUCAACAGCAAAUUACAGACCUUAUUCUUGUAAAUGUCGAUAAGUACAAUAUGGCAGUAUCAUUGGAAAAUUAUACAAGAAAUGUUUAUGUACAUAUUUUGAAUUUUUGUGAAAACUUAACACAUUUAACUGUUACUGGAACAUCAUAUCCAGCUUUAUCACUUUGUCAUUUACCAUCAAAUACAUUUUCCUCUUCAAUUCUUACUUAUUUAAAUAUUACAGUAAGAACUCUUGACGAUUGUCUUUAUUUACUUGAUGGUCGACUUAAACAAUUAACCAUAUUAAUUGUUGAAAUUUCUCUCACAAACUCUACAACAAUAAUUCACAAUAUGGAAAAUGUACCUAAUUUGAAAUGUUUUUCAUUUAAAUGUUAUGACUUUAUUGACGUAUACGAUUAUAAAAUUUUACCUCUUCUUCGUCGUAUGUCAUGUCUAGAAAAACUAACCUUAUAUUUGCGUAUUAACGAUCGAAAUAGACUUAUUGAUGAUACUCAUAUUGAAAAUGAAAUUGUUACUUAUAUGCCACGACUUUAUUCAUUCACGUUCUAUAUUUUUACAAGUGCGAAGAUUGCUGAUUUAGAACAUAAUGCAUCUAAUAAAGAUAUUCAACAAACUUAUACAAAUAUCAAACAACAACCAAUUGUUAAAACUGUUCAUCAUGCUAAUAGAGAAGAAAUUGUAUGUUCUAUUUUCUCACUUCCUUUUCAAUUCAAUUUCCUCGAAGAUAUUGGUUAUACAUUUCCAGAUACUAAAUGUAGUUAUGUUACAUAUCUGCUGAUACAAGAUAUCGUUCCAUUCAAUCGUGAAUAUUUCAUUCGAAUUGCUCGAAAUUUUCCAUUAUUAAAGAAUUUGCGUCUUUUUAAUAUUAUUAAGUCACAAUCAUCAUUUGAUCAUAACACAUUUUCAGCUGACAAUAAUCAAUUAUAUACAAUUGCUGAAUAUCCUCAUCUUAUUUCACUUGAUGUGCUGUGUGCGCAUGGCGAUUAUCUAGAGGAAUUUUUAAAUGAAAAAAAGGCAUAUGUACCAUGUCUUACUCAAUUGAAAUUUGUUCAUAAUGAUUUACAAAAAGUUACAAAAGAUUUUACAAGAGAAGAUACUCGACGCAACUGUGCUAACAUACAACGAUUAAUUACGUUUACACAAUUAGCACAUACAAAAGAUUUCUAUGCUUACUUUCCUUUAUUAUAA